GAAGGGAGGGCCGGGCGGUGGGGCUGCGAGGCUUCCUCCAGCAACUUCCCAGUAACUGCGGGAUCAGAUGCAGCCACCGCCCCGGAACCAGGCCUUCCCCGUUCUGCCUUCCAGGAGGGGACCCAGGAGUAGCCCUCGGGAAGGCAGUCACCCGCACGUCCCGAAGUCCCUCUGGCCACCCGGCGUCGAUCCAGGCGGAGGCAAAAGGAGGGGGCCGCCCUCCCCGCGAGGCUCCAGACUCCGGCAUUUCCUCCCGGCUGCCCGGUGCGGCCUUCCCCUCCGAAAGAAGAAAAUCCCGGCGGCGCCCGAGUAACCUAGCGAAUUGCCCCGGUACUCAGCUGCGGGGGAGCCAAGAGGGCCGCCCAGGGUAAGGUAGGAGUCCGGGGCAGAAGCUGGACGAGGACAGCGCGCCUGGGACUGAGCGGGACAGGGACAGGGCGCGGCCAGGGGCUGUGGCGAGCGGCGCGGGAGGCGCCUGGAAGGGGAACUUGAGCUGGGAGAGGAGGCAGAGCAGCGGGGCUGCUGGCCCCGGCGCUCCGAGCAAGGAGCCUCCUCCAAGGCCAAGGACACGGGGGCCUCGGGGCCGCCGAGGCGCUGCGCGCAUGCUGGGCAAGGGACAUCACCCGGGCUCACGCCCUGGGCCGCCCGGGCUCCCGGCAUGUCCGUGCGGUACACGCUCAACCUACGGGUCUUCUGGCCCUUGGUGACCGGACUGUGCACCGCGCUGGUGUGCCUUUACCAUGCCUUGCGCAGCAGCAAGGGCGCCCAGGCCGAGACUCCCGACGGCGCAGACAGUGGCUUCCCGCUGCUCAAGGUGGCCAUCCUUUUUCUCCUGGGCUACAUCCUCCUACGAUGUCGCCACACCAUCCGCCAGCGUCUCUUGCCAGGCUCUUCCCGCCCAUGUGGUCAUGCCAGCUUCUCAGCCAGACCCUUGCAAGAGCCAGGCCUGAGCAUUUUACUGGAGAGUUACUAUGAGCACGAGGUGCGCCUGUCGCCCCACGUGCUGGGUCACAGCAAGGCGCACGUGAGCCGGAUCGUGGGUGAACUGGUGCAGGCUGGCCGGGCCCGAGGAUCUCCGGGCCCUAUCACACGGGGAGCGCUGGCCCUGGCCUUCCGGGGCGAUUUCAUCCAGGUAGGCAGUGCCUACGAGCAGCAUAAAAUCCGCAGGCCAGACAGCUUCGACGUGCUGGUGCCACUUCGCCUCCCACCGCAGGUGGCCCUGGAGCCACGGAGCCUGGGGACCGAACCCACGCUGACCCCAGCCUUCCGCAGUUGCUUCGUGUGCGCCCUCAAGGCACCGCCCUCGCCGUCGGGGACCUCCAUGGGCCAGUGGCAUCGGGACUGCAAGCCCUUCGCCGAAGGCUUCUGUGUGGAUGUGCAGGGCCGUCGCCACCUCUCGGCUAGCCUGGUGCUGCGCUGGUUUCAGGCGCACCUACAGCGCUCCUUGGCCACGGUGCGCUACAGCUUGGAGGGUCGCUGUCGCGUCAGCCUGACCCCAGGUGGUUUGGAGCAACCUCCCACCCUCCAUAUCCUUCCUUGCCGCACGGACUACGGCUGCUGUCGCCUUUCCAUGGCCGUGCGCCUCAUCCCCGCUGUCCAUCUGGGCGAUGGCGUCUUCCUGGUGGCACCGCCGCUGCCACCACCCUCGCCCAGCGGUGUCCUGUCAGAGCUCCCGGGUGGCCUGCGCGCUGAGGCACUGUGGGGUGUGAAUACAGCACGCCAGGAGCAGAAACUGCUGGGCUGGCUUCAGGAACGGGCUCCUCCAGGUGCCUGCUACCUCAAAUGCCUGCAGCUGCUUAAGGCUCUUCGAGACUUGGGUGCCCGUGGGCUGGACCCAACGGCUGCUACCCACUGGGGACGCAUCCUGUCCUCCUACGUGCUCAAAACAGUGCUGCUGGCGGUGCUUCUGAAAGAGGGCGGCCCAACACCCAGCUGGGACGAGGCACACCUGUGCGAAUGCUUGGAGAAGCUGGUGAAGUUCCUUAGGGACUGCCUGCUGCGACGCCAAGACCUCUUCCACUGUGUCCUGGGCCCGGGUGGAGCGGCUGCCGAGGUGGGCCCCCUGCCCAAGGUGCUGCGUGAGGCCGCUCCAGUUGACCUCCUGGCGCCUUUCGACAUGCACGCCCGGGAGCUUGCGGCAGCUAGGUUGCUGUCCACCUGGCGAAGGUUGCCCCAGCUUCUCCAGGUCUACGGUGGCCCCCGAUACCUUACCAGGUGCCCUACACCCCGAAGUCAGCGCAUCCAAGGCUUCCCGGAAGAUGAACCGUGAACCCCGAUGACAACUCCACCCGACCAAAUGCCCCUUUCCCACAGGCUGGGAGUGACAGUGGCAGUUAAAUUUGAGAUGAGCUGGCAGAGGUGUUGGAAAAUUUGGAGGACGUGCCCGGCUUUGGUGUCACAAAUGUUCCGUCCGAGGCUUCGUGACCUAAGAUAGCCGUGGCAUCCUCUGCAGACCCAUUAGAGUAUCCUGGGUGGCCUUAUACGCAC